AUGGGGUCCUUUCGACUAUGUUUUGCUCUCAACCAGUUGCUUGGAAACGCCGUAGACUUGAGGAACUCGAGCGACCCGAGCAGCCAUCGUAUUGCGUCGAAUGAAAUAAUUUCCGCCGACAACGACGAGGCCACCGACGGCGGCAACGGCGACGGCGAUGACGACGACGACGACGACGAUGAUGAUGGAGCAAACACCUACUUGGCUUACAGCGGCUACCUCGAUGGGAAAUUUUCCAUGUUUCGCGAUAAUUAUCAAAAUUUCGCCAAGAUUAAUGCCUCUAAGGAACUUAACGAUUCUUCGAUUGAAUCAUCCCCGAGGGGCAGCAGCCACGGACACGGCAGAGUCAAAAGGGCCGUGACUCAUCUGUACAACAUGAUACUCUGCGCGACCGGCUGCAAUCCCCUGGCUUACAAGGGCUACGGAUGCUACUGCGGAUUUUUGGGUUCCGGUUAUCCGAUGGACGGUAUCGACAGAUGUUGCAAAAUGCACGACUGGUGCUACGACGCGACGGAAUGCCCGAUGUUCAUCGAGUACUUCGUCCCAUACUACUGGAAAUGCUAUCGAGGCUACAAGCCCAUCUGCGCGAUCGAGCACGGCGAUUGGGGCAGCUCGGGAUCCUGCGCCCAGAGGCUCUGCGAGUGCGACAGGACCUUCGCCGAGUGUCUGCGCAGAUAUCGCUGCCCACGCCAUAAAGCCGUGUGCACGUCGUCGCCCUGGCGCUUGAUACAGAAUUUAUUCAUGAUCAUCUGACGGGCUUAAAUAGAGCUAGUUGGAGCUUCUACUAUAUAACACCGAGCCGAUCAUACAAGU